GAGGAUGCUCUAGCAGGCAGAAGUACAUAAACUUAUGAAUGGAAAGAAAUAACUUUUUAAAAAUGUAUGGUUUUAAAAUGUAUGACUUCAAUCUGUUCAAUAACCGGCAUUCUUUGGAUUGGUUAUAAACAAUUAAAAGACCAAAAUAUCAUUGAAACAGUUAAAAUACAAAAUGCAGUACAAAUAUUUAAAAGGAUUCAGUGCAGUGUACCAUAAUACAAAUAAGAGGAAUAGAUAAUAGAUCACGAUCUAGGAACUUUAUUUUCCAAACCAUCUUUGGAGGUAGCCCUACGUACAACACAUUGCAAUAAUGCAAACUUUCUGUGAUGAGAAUCUAUAAGACUUUUAGAAUAUUGAUAGAAAUAUUCUAUAGAAUAUAGUAUAGAAAUUGGGGCAGUAUAGAAAUUGGAUUAUUAUAAAUAAUGAUAGCUGAACCUACAGAGAAACUGUGGGGUGAAGGAGGGGUUGGAAGUCAGGCAGACUCAAAGCUAUAAUUGAGAGCAGUUUGGCACAGAUUGUUUGUGGAUCAUUUGUAAAGACCCGUUCCUCAUCCUGGACAGCAAAGCAGAAAGAGGCAAUUGACCUACCAAAGCCCCAUCCACGUUAUAUCCUGGAGAGAGGGCUGAAAUAUAACCAAGGACCAAUGUUAUGUGAAUAAGUAAAAGAAUCAGAUUGAUGAUGGAAGCACAGCUAAACUUCUGUUUAAAGUUUUGAAAGUCAGUUUUAUAAGUUUUAUGGACUGGUGACUCAAUUCUUGUUUUGUUUCACUUCUGCACUAUGCUGUAUUUUAUACAAGCUACACGGGAUGUUUUAUUUAUAGAUAGAAAUUGAUUUUGAGGAGGUUUCAGUCCUUCCAUGUUGUGUUUAUAUUGAUCUAAUAAUAAAAAAAGGGUUGGAUGCCGACGUGCUUCAGCAAAAAUCUUGGCACAUUUCAUUUUGAUGGUAUUGUGUGUUGUUUCUAUACAAGUAUGCAUGGUGAACUUGAUACAUUGUACUCAGUGUUGCCAAUAAAAUUGUAGUCUCCAUUUCUACCUCAUUAGAUAUUUACUUUCUGUUUACUUCAGCCUUAUGUGUGCUUUAGUUUCUGCUUUAUUUCUAGACUUACCUAUAUUGGGUUUUGUUUGGUUUUGCUCUUGUUAUCAAAUUAUAUUGUUGUUAAUAACCCAGGGAACUUUGGCUGUCGGGCAUACUGCUGCCAAUAAUAAUAGGAGGAGGAGGAGUAUCUACUGCUAACUUUGAGUGCAAAAUAUGGGAAAUAACUUAAUUGUAAAACAGGUCUGUAUAUAUAUGCGUGGAUAUAACUUCAAAUAGCAAAAUUAAGACUUGGUGGCAAAAUCAGAAAACAGCUUGACAGCUAUUAUUUCUAUAUUUUUAGAAAACAGCCUUCAUCUUAGCAUGAUGUCAUGAAGGUUGCCAGAGCUGAGCCAUUGUUAUAGCUAUAGAAGUUACUAAACAGGUUACAAAUGGUGUGGAUUUUUAUCAUGAACCGGAUGAACCCUCAGAGCACUUCUUCCAGUCAGCGUAGGCGAAUGGCUCUUGGAAUUGUUAUUCUUCUUCUGGUUGAUGUGAUAUGGGUCGCGUCUUCUGAACUCACUUCAAGUGAACCUUUAUACGUUCCUGUAAAGUUUCAUGACUUACCAGCUGAGAAAUGUAGCAGCACAAAUAGUGAUAAUGAAAAAACUCCCAAAAAGCCUCGUGUAAGGUUCAGUAAUAUUAUGGAGAUUCGACAACUCCCAUCAAGUCAUGCACUGGAAGCAAAGCUGUCUCGUAUGUCUUAUCCAACGGUUAAGGAACAGGAUUCAAUAUUAAAAGCUGUGGGGAAACUUACUGCAUCUCAAGUAGCCAAAAUCAGUUUUUUCUUCUGCUUUGUGUGGUUCUUGGCAAACUUCUCUUAUCAAGAAGCGCUUUCAGACACCCAGGUGGCCAUAGUUAAUAUUCUAUCUUCAACCUCUGGAUUAUUUACCUUAAUUCUAGCUGCAGUGUUUCCGAGUAACAGUGGAGAUAGGUUUACCCUUUCAAAAUUAUUGGCUGUCAUUUUAAGCAUUGGAGGUGUUGUCCUUGUGAAUCUGUCUGGGUCUGAAAAGUCUUCUGGAAGAGAUACAAUAGGUUCCUUGUGGUCUCUUGUGGGAGCUAUGCUGUAUGCUAUUUACAUAGUUAUGAUAAAAAGAAAGGUAGACAGAGAAGACAAGCUUGAUAUACCAAUGUUCUUUGGUUUUGUUGGUUUGUUUAAUUUGCUGCUGCUUUGGCCAGGAUUCUUCCUACUCCAUUAUACUGAGUUUGAACCAUUUGAAUUUCCCAGUAAAUUAAUCCUUAUGUGCAUCGUCAUCAAUGGCCUUGUUGGGACUGUUCUGUCUGAAUUCCUCUGGUUAUGGGGCUGCUUUCUUACCUCAUCACUGAUAGGCACACUUGCCUUGAGCCUUACAAUACCUCUGUCCAUAAUAGCUGACAUGUGCAUGCAAAAGGUCCAGUUUUCUUGGUUAUUCUUUGCUGGGGCAAUCCCUGUAUUUUGUUCAUUUUUCAUUGCAACUCUCUUAUGUCACUACAAUAACUGGGAUCCAGUGAUGGUGGGAAUUAGAAGAGUUUUUGUAUUCCUCUGCAGAAAACACCGUAUUCAGAGAAUAUCAGAAGAAAGUGAGCAAUGUGAAAGUCUAAUUGCAAUGCACAGUGUUUCUCAAGAAGACGGAAAAAGUGGUUGUUCUUAGACAACAGUGGAAUACUAAUUCAGCGAAGAGACAAUCUCCUGGAAAGUCCUCAUGGAAUCAUGUUUCAGUGCCUCUUCUGAAUCUUUAAAUGUUUCAGUUCUUUUGAAACUUAAAAAUACACUAUCGCACUCUCAAUUCCCAAUCUUGAAUUAGUUUUAUUAAAGAGCUACUUUACUACA